AGAAUCUGUUGGUGAAUCUUUUGCUUUGCUAUGUACCGCUUGUCUCAUUUUAUUCAGCGUAUAUAGUCAGUGCUUUAAACUAGAGAGUAAGACAAGAUGUGCAUCAGUUUAAAAAAGAGGCAGUUUUAAACAGGGAAUGAUGCUUUAGCUGUACAAUUGCAGCAACAGUGCAUUAAGCAGUCUUGUUUAUAUGACCUCUUGAUUUGGGCAGGAGUUACUCUUUGCGCAUAACAGUUUUGCAGAUUAUACCUGUUAAUGCAAUGUGACCCUAAUUUCCUUAGAAGACCACUCCAAAAGUUAGUACCGUUUUUCUUGGUAGUAAAUGAAAUAAUUCUAAUCACAUCGUAUUUUUUUUCAAGAAACAGAAAAAUUAAGUGAUCAAAGCAUGUAGCUUAUACCAGUAACCAUGCAGAUCUGCUUCUAACCCCGACAGAGAUUUCUUUCCUAAUUUUGGGGAAGUGACUUAUGUCUUUGCAAUUUACUUUCCUCAAAUAUAUCAGAGUUACUAGGUUUGCUGCGAUUUUAGUAUUGUCUAUAUGUGUUACAUACUUCUUUUAUAUUGGUAUUUCAUUGUGUGGUAUAAUGAAAAACUUAAGAGGUAACAGGCAGAAGAGAUGUGGAUGUUUUAAUUUUUUUUCCUUUUGCAGUUUCAUUAAAGCACUGGCUUAACUCCACUUUCGUCCACACGUGCAGAUCCAUUCUUCCAUGAGAAGAUGGUUUUGGUCUGCCAUCUGCUCAUUUGGACGUGCUUACGUGGUUCAGAAUUCUUUGCCAAAGUUAUAAGAGUUCCAAGAGUUUCUUGGAACUCCAGUCAUGUGGCAGUAUUACCUAAUAGUGGAAAGUAAAUGCUUCCUCUCUUCAGAAUUCCAGGAAAAAGGGAAAUGAAGGAUUUUUUUUAAUGCCAGAGCAGUUGGCUCUUUUAUUCUGAGCAGCAGCCAAGGUGCUUGUGUUCUUUUUAAAAAAAUGUAUUCCUGUGCUAAGUCACAUUUCAUCUAUUCUCAGAAUAUGAAAAAAACUCAGCUCUUGAGUAAUAGUUCUCUCAAGCUCUUACGAGAAAUUUGUCUUUCAGGUUUGUUCUUAAUGAAGAACUAGUCGAUGAGCAGUAACUGUCCCAGAGAAGGUCACAGAAGAGUCUCCAUUCUGAUCUUCUAUUUUGACUAACAAUGUCCUUAUCCCUUAACUUCUAAGGUGGAUAUUUUCAGACAGACAGACUCACCUCUGUCAGACACAUGUAAUGUGGUUCUGCUGCAUGGUUGGUUUGGGGAAGAGAGUUUUGAACCACCAUCCACAAAUACCUUACAGUGGUCUUUUCUACUUCAGAAUCUGACCAAUCUUAUGCAGAACACCCAAUACUAUUCACGAAGAGAAAGAGAUCCUCUCCUCUCCUCUCCCUUUGAAAUAAAAACUAGUGUACCACCCGGGAGCCCUGCAGGUAUAAACAGAACAGCUGAAGCUUGCAGGCAGCAAGAACACUCUGUCCAGAUAUGAAAGUUAGAAAAUUUCAAAAGCAUGAGAGGAAGGGACCAAAGGGUUGUGUCUUAACAAUGUGCUGCUGAACAAAUUUUAUCCUUCUUUAUACUGAAAGCAAAGCCAAAAGCAUAUUAGUUAGCAUGACUUCACUUACAAAUUUACCAGAAUUUUAAAUGCAUUAUAUCUGUUCGUACUUAUAUGAAAGCUGGUAGCCUCAUCUUAGACAUUCAGUAGCUACAUUGGUAAAAAGAUCUUGGGGACACUUGCUAUUUUUAAGUCUGAAAUUAAUUAUUUCAUCUGUUCUCCAUUUACUGAGACAGUUUUGCUAUGCUUAGGGACAUAAAAGAUGCAUUAUUUUUCUUUUCCAAAGUUGUUCUGGUUAUAUAAUGAUUAGGUCUGUGUUUUACAACUUUUUAAUAAUUAAUGUUUUAGUGAAUCUGCAUUCUUUUGGAGCAAUGCUCAGAGUUCUUUGCUAAAAUUCUUUUUCAAAAGAGGUGAUAGAUUAUUUAGGUACUGGUGAUAGGACUUGGAGAAAAUAUUUUAGUCAAUAGAUUGAACACUUCAUUCUUAAAUUCUUUUACUUAUCUGAGUGGAAUCAUAGGGCUUUGGUGACAAUGUCACUGAUUUUGGAGUAGUACUUACCCUUUUUUACCCUUUACAUACUAGCAGCCUUUCUUUUCUAGUAGCUGAAGAGAGUAGCUCCACUGCCAAUGUCAGUCCCGUGUCCUCUGUAAUGAAAAUUUUGCAGAAAAGUCUUCUAGCUCAUCUGUGUUCUCCUUAUUCUUCUACAUGUCUUAUUCCAUGAGCUAAUUUUAGGGGCCAGAGGUGGGAAACAGGUACAGCACGGAGUCUGAAUUCUGACAUCUAGUAGAGUGGUAGGAAAAACUACACCUUUACCUCAGCUGAGACAGGGAUGUAAGCUUAUUAUCUUUUCUGUUGCAGAAUUGCAGCAGAGUUUUUCCUACUGAGCCUCACCAUUGCUAAUAAUGGGGAGAUUCCCAAGUGCUGCACCAUAUACCCUGUGGAUCCUUUUCUUUUCAUAUACAACAAAUGAAGUUUUGACUGCAGGACACAUACAAGAAUUUGCAUGCUUCACUGACUAUGACAGAGAGCUGGUUUGUCACUGGAAGGUGCCUGCACAAAUCAAUUGCUCCAAAGAAUUUGUGCUCUACUACAGCAAGGAAACUUCUGUGUCUUAAGCCGAGAGCCCCCAAAAAUCUUGCCAUUGAGAAAGCUGAAAAUGGUAAUUUCAAUCUGAGUUGGGAGGAGGGCUACUCUCAUCCAUCCUUUCUCUCUGGACAGCCAGUCAUCUAUGAAGUGAAAUACUGGAGGAAGCAGCAUCCAACAGAGGUUUCUGUAAAAGCAAUUAAUUACCAGGCAAAAAGCUUUGAGAUUACUGCAAGCUCCUUGAAGAGAGGCUAUGAUUAUGUUGCAAGUCUCAGGUGUAACUACGUGGACUACCCAGCCUACUGGAGUGAAUGGAGUGAAGAAGUUGAAUUUCGCUAUGAUUACCAGGUGAAGGCUGAAGACAUUCUGCAGAUGGCUGUGCCCACAUCCUGCAUACUGAUCGUGGCAGGAUCCAUCAUUUGUUACUUCUGUUUCACCAAAGUGAAGAAAGAAUGGUGGGAUCAAAUCCCAAAUCCAGCAAAAAGCCAAUCAGUUGUAAAAAAUGUCAAGUUUUCAGUGUUGUGCUACUUUGAUGAAAUCAAGUUCUCGUUCCAGGACUUAAAGCAGAGUCACAUGGAACAACAAAUAAGUUGCAAGAACUGUCUGGCUCAAAGUUUGUCAAGCCAAAACUUCAGGGGAAAAGAUAACAUCAGAAAUGUUGAGAAAUCUUGCAGUUGCCACAGCAAGUCUGAAGAGUGGUUGCCAAAAGGCAGCAGUGUAGUUUUAACCCCUGAUACAAUACCAGUUGAAGAGUGUAUAGAAAUCUGUGUAUGUUUAACAGACAGUGAAACUGAGAGCCAAGAAGAAACUGGCAACCAGAUCACCAUGUCUGAGCCUUGUGAGAGCAGCAUUGGUGCUUUCAGAGAGCACCCUGAACACAAUGAGUUACUAGCUAACAUGUUUGAUGCACUCCUGGCAAAUGAAAAUAACAUGCAAGACAAUAAAGGCCCAAACAUCCCCAUAGCUGAGAGGAAAACCUUAGAGAACAUUGGGUCUGAAAAUCCAUCACAGCAAAAUCCAAAAGAAAGUGCAGCCCAGAGCCCACAACCGUGUGAUAUUUCUCAUACAGCUCCCCUUUUCACCAAAGCUUCUCAAGAUGACUACAAUUGUAGUACAGCCAGCAAAGAGUCAGAACUAUCAGAAGAAUCCUUUGAAUCUGGCUAUCGGAGCUCCAGCAUAAAUUCUGCUUCUCUGGAUGCAAGAGAUCUUCAACAAAUGGCUCAUCAAAGCCAUUUUCUGUGUCGUUCUGAAAGUGAGCUUGACUCUUGUGUCCUGAUCCAGGAGUCUACAAAUAAAUCAUUGUUUGGAACCAAAACAGACAGAAUAAACAGCCCUGCAGACAAGAGUUUUGAUACCCUUGCAUCUGCAUCCAUGGGGUUGUGUGGUUCUGCUUACAAGAGCUGUGACACCCUUUUGUCUCCAUCCCUGGAACCCUGUGGCUCUGCCUACAGGAGCUUUAAUAUGCUUGUGUCUGCAUGCAAGGAACCAAGCAGCUCUGCAUACAAGAGCUUCAGUGCCCUCAUGUCUCAGUCAGUGGCUAACAGUAGCCUGACUCUGGGCUUUGAAAGCAUGCCUUCCUCACCGCCUUUGAGACAGUUAUCAGAGACGCCCGAAUGCUGCUGCAGAGAUCAAAGUGCUCAGCCUGCUAGCAAUCAGAUGUGUUACAACAACUACAGAUCUCCCAGCACUGAGCCUGAUUUUCCAAACACCUGUUCAGAACAUACUGAUUUUCCGUCUUUGUCCACACAUGCAAAUGAAGGUGCUUCAGGUUUUCUUUCAGAGGAAGAAAUGCAUAAGCAAGUAAUAUAUCAGAAUGUUCAAAGGAAAGCCAAUGUAAUUUCUUGCCCCAUUGCACCUCAGCCAUCUGGCUAUCGGCCUUUUGGUAGUGCAGGUAAAUGUAAUGGUCUAUACUGGGACAGUGACAAUGAGAUUAUGUUUACAUCACUAUAUGAAUCCUUCAUUAAUCUCUGCAACAACCUGAGUGAAGCACCUCCAGAUACUGCAGUCUGUGAAUCUGACCCAAGGAUAAAGGACGGUGUGUGUUUGACUGUUCAGGGUUCUGACUGCACCACUGUCCCAGGUUUAGUAUCUAGUGAGAAUGACACACAGACUAGUGAUGGCAGCCCUUGGAUCAACAGCGCUAAUGAACUGUAUGGUGAUAGCAUUGAUGAAAAUACCAGCAGAGAUGAACAGCUGUUGCAUUCAUUAGAGAUUAAAUGUCAAGAUUUAAACAGCAGAGAAAGAGCUACAAAGGCAACAAAAUGGAAAAGCUUUAACCCUACCGGUAAAGUAAUGCAAGAGGGUGGUGAUAACAGACUAAAAUACUAGCUUCCACUCACACGACCACUUGAGGGAACUUGGAGAUGCAGGGGGAAGUGAAGAGGUGCUGAAGCAUGCAGAUGGGGGCGGGGGGUGUGGCUCAGCAGUCAGCCUACCAGCAUCACUGGACAGUAUGGGGCUAAACUUAGAAAAACUCCAGAGCUCCUGGAGCUCCAUGGCUCAGACAAAGUGCUACCUUGUAAUUUUGUGAGUAACUGCUAUCCUUCUGACUCUCACACCAUUCACAGUGAGGACUCCAGACUGGCACUUGCAGUUAAAAAAAAAAAGACCAGUAUAACUAUUUAUGGAAAACAGCAAGAAAAAUGAGAAAAAAAUGAAACUUUUGUGUGAACCCUUGCCCAAGAGGACAACUGCUAUAUGGACAUAUCCUAGCCACAUUUGCCAAGACUAGUCUUUGGAAAUAAACUGCAUGGCAAGUUGAA